AUGUCUCUCUGUAUCUGCUGCAAGACUUUGUCGUUCUUUAAAGGAAUGCCAUCCGGUGGUUCUAAAGCGUUAUCAGUGUUCUUGUCUUCAUCGCUCCUAUUGUCAUCGUUAACAGUAUUUACACGAUCAUUCUCGUUUUUACUGACAUCAACAUCGCCAAUAUCUUUGGCACCUCACAUCGUCCUCGUUAUCAGCACGGCCCUCAUCAUCCUCGUUAAAACUGAUAUUGAGAUCGCCAACAUCUUUGGCACUCCUCCCAUUGUUGUCGUUAUCAGCACCACGGCUAUCAUACUCAGUAAAACUGAUAUUAACAUCACCAACAUCUCAUCGUCAUCGUUAUCAGAAACCUUCCGUUUUGAAAAAUCUUACUGGACUGAUAAAAACGAGUACAACCCUUCAGGAGGAGAGACUGGGUUUGACGAACAAGAAUCAAAGCUACCCACCUACUGGAACACAUCCUUCUCCAAGAUCUGUCUUGGAAUGAAGAUCAACCAACAGCUCAGAUUUAUUGUUGUCAACAAGCUGGCUGACUCUCUGCACUCAAUAAUUGCUGAUGGCCAAUACCGAAGCACGUCGCUGGGUCGUGACGAGUGGAAAAAGUUGAUUGGCAGCAACGCCUCUUUACAGCGCAACUGUAACAAGGAAGGAUUCAAUGCCUUUAGUGGUCGAACUGAUCGUUCUAAAGUCAGAAUUGGUAUUGUUAGCAAUAAUGGGAACGACUGCCACUCGUGCAACUCUUUCAUUGGAUUUGGUACGGGAAGUCACCCUAAUGACGCAAAAUCUUGUGGAAACGAGGCAAGAGAAGAUUCAGAUAAUGGACCCAAGAGUAUCAAAGCCAUAGGGUACAUAUUGGUGCAAUAA